AUGGCAGAAGUAACAUCUCACGAACGAAUGAGUCGAUAUAAGCGACUUUAUUAUCUUUUAAUCAAGAUAAAUCUUUUCGAUGAUAAAGAAGAAUUAUCACUUGUUGAUCAAUUACUUGCUACAAGAAUUUUUCUCUCUUUAUUGAUCAUCAUUCUCAGUAUUGUUAUUGCUUUUACUGCUUUCAGUAUUCAAACAAAUACUGUUACUAUUCAAUUACCAAAUGAAAUUAUUUUUGAAAAACUUUCUCUUCAAUAUCCAAGUACACUUUCAUGUCCAUGUACACAAAGUUCAAUUCGUCAUGAUCAAUUUCUUUUAUUAGAUUUAUCCUAUCAUCCAAUAUCUACAAGUCAAUUUGUCAAUCAAACAUUUAUUUCAUCUUUAUAUGAUUAUAAUAUGAGUGACUAUUAUCCAUUAGAUUAUCGUAUCAUGAUAGUAUCUCAUUUUCAAUUAUUGUCUUUACUUUGUCGAACAAUAAAAGAAAUGGUAUCAGAUACUUUGAAAGAAUUUGCAGCUAAACAAAUAAUCACUAAUCAAGUUUUAUCACAUAGUGUAUUCAAUACUCAAGUAGUAGCACUUGUUGAACAACUAAAAUCAACAACUACUGCACAUAUCAAUCAUAUAAAUGAUUUUGUUGUGUUUAAUAUUUUUGAAGAUCGAAUCUAUUCGGCACUACGAACAAACUAUUUUGUUCAAAAUACACCUGGAGAUCCAAUUAUUAAAAGCAUUCCAGUUAGAUACAGAACUUUAAAUGUAAAAUGUUCUUGUAUAAUAAAUAAUACUUGUGUACAUCAAGCUGGCAUUUACAAUAGGACAGGAAGUGCAGGUGUAAAUACUUCGACUGUUUUUGGAGAUUUGACUAUUGAUCCACCAUUAUUAUUAAUAAUACCUGGUAUUAUGGUUGGAUGUUUACCAUAUAAUUCAUUAUUUAGUUCAACAUUAGAAUGUUUCUAUAAUCAAUCAUGUAUUGAUCAAAUUCAAAUAUUUAUCAAUGGAUUAUCAUUAGUUACACCACUUUCAUUAUCUCGUUUCUCUCAAAAUACAACAGUGAAUGAUCUGUUUAAUCAAUUAUUUAUUGAAUUGUGGAAUGAAAAAAUUAACUUUACUAAUUAUUUUCAAGUUUGUUCUCCACAAUCAUGUACAUAUUCUUAUGAUCGACGAUUCAAUCUACUUUAUGUAGUUGUUACUAUUAUUAGUCUUUUUGGUGGUCUAAAAACAAUAUUGUAUUUCUCUGCACCUUUAAUAGUCAUGAUCAUACGACGACUGAGAAAAUUGAACAAGGCUCAUAAUACAAGUAAUCAAACAUCAACAGAAAAUCAAAUAGUUAAGCAAAGUUUAAAAUAUCGUUUUAUUACUUAUAUAAGAGAAAUUUAUCAAAAAAUACUUAAAUUAAAUAUGUUUCCAUUAUCAUCUGAUAUCGCUGAUGGAAUUUAUUCAACACGUAUUUAUAUUUUAUUAUUUAUUAUUGGAAUACUUAUUUUAGUUUUCUAUUCAUCGAUCAGUAUUCGAAUUCGAAUACAUACUGUGUAUCAACCGUCAUUGAAUAAAUAUGAGCAAUUAUAUACAGAAUAUCCAUCAACACUUGUAUGUCCAUGUACUCGUCUUUCUGUAUCUUAUUCAUCAAUAAUACAUAUAAGUCCUUAUUAUCAUCAAGUAUGUUCAAGUGACUUCAUUAAAAAUGACGGAUGGUUGCUCUAUUUUCAAGGAUUAACUGGUGCUUUCUACAGUUCUGAUUUUCGUCUUAGAGGCUCUAGAAUAUUUACUAUACUUCAAACAUUAUGUAAAUUGUCUAGUGAGACAGUAACAAAUGAACUUGCUGUUUUCAAUGAUUUACAAUUUGUGAGUGGUCAAGUAUUGACAAAGAAUUCAUUUGAUACACAAACAUCUGCACUUAUUCAACAAUUUCAACAACAAACUUUAGCAUCUUUUAUCGACCUAUUUAAACUCAUUCGAGCUUUAAUUCAGCUUAAUCAAUUUAUUGCUUACGGUAGUAAUAAUGCUAUAUUAUUGCAAGCAUUGCCCAGCAAUAAUGCUUCAGUGCGUUUUGCAUCAAACAAUGACUGGGACUACAACUGUUCAUGUGGCACUAGUGUUUCUUGUAUACGUUCCGAAGGAUUUUAUUGUAGAGCAAUAUCGUGUUUUGUAAUUGCAGCUAGACCAAAUCAAACGAUACCGGGUUUAGUUAUAGAUUGUCUACUUAUUGAUUCUUUUCUUGCAUCUUCACUUGAAUGUUUUUAUAAUCCAUCAUGUAUUCAAAUGCUUAUUAAAUGGCAUUCAUUUGACUCAUCCAAUGUUACAAUAGAUCCUCGUGUUAUGAAUGUCAUGCCACUCGAUCCUAUAGUUCAUAGUCGUUUUUCUCCUGAUACUACAUUGAAUAAAAUUGUUUCACAAUUAUUUAUUGAAGAUUGGACAAAUUCUACAAAUUUUAGUUUCUAUUAUAAUCAAUGUGCACCAGAUCAAUGUACUUAUACCUAUGAAAAACGUUUUAAUAGAGCUUAUAUUAUUGCAACUAUACUUGGUAUAGUUGGUGGUCUUUCUACUGCACUUCGAAUAUUGAUUCUUCCUAUUGUGAAACUACUUCGACGAAUAUAUCAUUAUUGUCGUAGACGUCAACAACACGUUACACAGGCAUCUUUCGUAGAAAGAGAUAUUCGUCAUAAAAUUGUAAUUUUUUGUACUCAACUUCAACAUUCUAUUCGAACAAUGAACUUCUAUUAUAAAGUGCAGAAAACUCAUUUACCAGAAGAAUCACAAACAACAGAUGAAACAUUACUUAUACAACGUCAACAAAUAGCUACUCGUUUUUAUAUUAUUUUAGUUGUCUUAGCAUUUGUAAUUAUAAUAACUUUUACUGGAUUAAAUUCACAGAUAUAUUCUAUAACAAUAAAAUCUCCAACAGAAUUCAUAUUUGAACAAUUACAAACUCAAUAUUCAUCAUCAUUAUCAUGUCCAUGUUCACAAAUAGCAAUACAAUAUUCAAAAUUUCUUUCUGUCAAACCAAUUGCUUAUCAUCAAAUAUGUUCAAGUUAUUUUAUUUCAUUUGAUUUCAUUGAAUUACUAUGGGGUACUGAAUCAUCAGACACUUAUUAUUUGAGUGUAGACAUGAAAAUACUAAGUACACAAUUUCGUCUUUUAUCAUCACUUUGUUCUUUGGUAAAAAAUGUUAUUGAACAAAAGAUCGAAAUAUUUUCUUCACAAGAAUUACUUAGUGUUGAAAUAUUAACACGUCAUUCUUUUCAAACUCAAAUUGAUUCUAUUAUUACUAAUUUUAUUAUUCAAGCACCAACAAGUUUUCGACGAAUACAUCAAUAUAUUAUAGGAAUGUUUCAUGCUAAUCAACUACAUAAUAUAUUCUACACAAAUUGGAAUUUUGCUAUAUCUACUUCUAAGGAUAAUUAUAUUAUGUCAACAAGACCAAUAACAUAUAAUAAUAGUAAUGGUUCUUGUUCAUGUGCAACUAUGUCAACAUGUUCAAGUUCUCUUUUGAAUUGUUAUGGUAAAACAGGAAUAUUGCCAGGUCUUUUUCUUGGUUGUUUGCCUAUCUAUGGUUUGCGUCUAUCAACACUUGAAUGUCUCUACAACUCAACAUGUUUACAGAGAUUAUCUUAUUUGGCUAAUAGUAAAUACCCCAUUUCAUUAACUCUCGAUGUUUCGAUACAAACUCGUUUUACUCCAGUAUCAUCAAUAUCUGUUGGUACAUUAAUUGAUGAAUUAUUUAUUGAAGCAUGGCAAAGUGAAAGUAACUAUUCAAAGUAUUUUUCAAUAUGUGCACCAUUAACAUGUCGAUAUACUUAUAUGAAAAGGAACAAUGCUCUCUAUACAUUAACAACAUGUCUUGGCUUAUAUGGUGGAUUAACAGUUGGUUUAAAAUUUGUUGUAUGGCAUAGUCUAAAUAUUUAUUCAAAAAUACAGCAAUGGUUGCGUUUUCGUCGAAGACGCAUCGAACCUAUAAACCAAAGUUGA